GUUACGUCACGGUAGGAAGCGUUUGGCAAUGCGCGGGAGUUUAUUGUUGAUCUCUAGUAGAAAGCUAUAGUUUAAUGUUCCAUCUUUUCUUUUAUAUAAUCUGCUAACAGUUCAAGAAAUUGGACACAAUGGCUCAACAAAGUGAAGUGGAUUUACCCCCGAACCUGUCAUGCCUCAAAAAUGUAGAUACUCUGCUUCGGUGUCCAAUCUGCUUUGAGUUUCUCAACAUCAGUAUGAUGACUGCAUGUUCACACAACUUUUGUUCUCUCUGCAUACGGAAAUUUCUGUCUUAUAAGUUGGUGUGCCCUGUUUGUAACUCGCCAACAACAGAUCAAGAUCUGAGAAACAACAGAAUAUUAGACGAUGUAGUUCACAGCUUCCAAACUGCAAGGCAACAGCUGUGUCAGUCAAAUUUUGAAUCACCCCCCAUAUCCCCUGAAAACCCAGUUGCCAUGGUCAAAGGCAAAGCAGCAAGACAGAAAGGUCUCAAAAAUGAAACGACCACCCUCAGUCAGUUUUUCCAGAAAAAGACCCCUGCGACAACUCUGUCAAGGGCCCAAACAAGCCUUGUACAUCACUUCUCUGUCAAAGAAGAACCGAUGGAGGUAUUUGUUCAGGCACCAGGCAGAAUCAAGCAGGAAAAAGUGGAGAAAAUGAUUGCAAAGAUUAAAGAGGAGAAAAUGGAUACAUCUGAAAUCCCUUCUACGUCACAAAACAUUAAGACUGCGGUUAAAGUGGAAUGUCCUGUCUGUGGAGUGGGUGUGUCCGAGCAGCACAUUAAUAAACAUCUAGAUAUGUGCUUGAGCCGAGACGAUAAAAAGGAAGGGUUGAGAAGUGGUGGAAGGCGAAAAGCAAUGCCUAAACUGGUGUACACUCUAAUCAGUGUUCCUAAGCUGAAGAAGAUGCUGAAGGAAUGUCAUCUGUCCGCUCAGGGCAGCAGGGAACAGCUCGUACGACGACACCAGGACUUUACACAUAUCUAUAAUGCCCAGUGUGACUCGCUCAACCCCAAAUCGGCUGAAGAUAUUGCCAAAGAAAUUGAGAACAAUGAGCGAUUACGGAAUCAACUGGACGGCAAACGGAAACCUGUUAUAGUCACAACGAAGAAUCAAACAGCUGAAGAAAUUGAGGGGUUACACUCCAUAUACCGAAAGCAGCACAGCAGUGAAUUUUCCCGGUUAAUUGCCCAGGUCAGAGGUCGUCUGGAGACGUCGAAGAAAACCCAGGUCAGACAUGAGGAGGGGCAGUCAGCCGAGGAGACAGACUCCAAAGCUGCACAUAGCAUUCAGAACCCAACCCAGCCUCUCAUUUCUACACCACUAAAGGCAAAGACUGAAGUGAAAGAUGUGAUGGUCAAAGUUUCAUCAAGGUCAUCAAGCCCUACAAUCAGUGAUGUGUCAGUCUGCAGCUCCAUAUCAGAUAUGUUCAGUUGAAGACGCAACCACAGCUACUUGAGUACAAGACGUGGAGACACCCAGAGCAGCUGCUUACAGAAAGAGGUCUUCAUUUCCCUCCGGACUCUGAGAUGAGACAUCUCUUGUACAUUAUGUAAUAAGUGUAUUGGUUUUCCGAGCUGAAUUUGUGUAAAAACGCAAUGUAUUACCUUUUUUAUCAUUUCAUUCUUUUUCACCAAUAAAUGAAAAAAAACAAUCUUUGUGUAAAUAGAAGUGAAUACAUAAUAAAUUGAGAUAGCGUUUCGAACCGAAGCAGAUUCUCAACUAAGGUUUUCUCAUGCAUAAGCUUGUUGAUAUGUCAAGAAGAUAAAAAACUAAUUUUAAAGUGUACAUCUUAUCAAAAUCUUUCCAUGUACAAUAACGCCCGGCACUGCAAUAGUUGCAUCUUUUCUGGAACUUGUAUAAAAGCACUAUAGACGCUUUUAAUAAUGAAAAACAAUCUGUCCACGAUUUACACUGAUACGCCUACACUUCACCUCACCAACCUCACGCUUACAACUGAUUGGUCUAUUAGUCAUUGUAAAAUGACAUUUUAUCAUUCAUUUUCAAUAGAAGUACAUUUGCAUGAAGCUUUAUUUGCAUGGGCUAUGACAUUUGCAAGUCAUUUUUUUUCUGUCAGGCAGCUAUAGCUAUAAUGAGGUAGCUGUGAAGCACAUCAGAAAUAGAAACGGACAGUAUGUCAACUUAAGGGAAAGCGGCUCUUCCCAUAUAGACAGUUUUAUUGAUUAUAAAUGGAGAAAGGGAGUUUGCAGAGAUUUUUGACAGGCAAAGUAGCACAGAAGCAUGAGAAACCGCUCUGCUCGUAACUUUUUUUAUUAUUGAUAAUUAAUCCAUUGCGUUAGACGUGCAUUUAUAUGCCAAUAUGAAAAUUAUAGUAUUAAUAAUUUUAGACCACAUACAAAUCCAGCUACUGUAUUACAGUACACAUUCAAUUCCUAUUUAUUAUAUGAUUGCCUCCUGGUUACAUUUUUUACCUUUCAUAUUGUGUUCUUGGGGUGUGUGUACUUUUUUAAAUUCUGAGAAGAAUUUUCUAUAUUACCCUACACCAGAGGUCUUCAACGUUUUUUGGGCCAAAGACCCCUAAAAUGAGUAAAGAGGAGAAGCAGGGACCCCUCAGUGCAUGUAACAAAUUAAGACUGGAUUUACAUACUUUUAUUAUGGUUACCUUAAUACUUUUUGGCAUAGAUUUUAUUGUGGUAUUGUUAUGCUUCUCAUUUUAUUAAAGUUCAUUUUUUUAUUGUUUUAUUAAUGCAUUUUUGUUUUAUGCCCAAUUUAGUUUUUCAAAAAUAAAUUAUUUUACAUUCAAACGAUAUUUGGAGGACCACCAGUAUUACCACCAUGGGCUCUAUAUUAUAUACUUCAUUAAAUUGCUCUAUACUCUAUAUAUUACUUGAUUUGUAGUGUCACGUCCCCUCUUCUUGACAAGGGGACAGCCGCUUGCCGUGUUGAAUUUGCCUGUCGUGUGUAAUUAUGGGUAAAGGGUUCACCAUAAGCUGCUUUCAAAUUGAUUUUGUGUUGGUUUAAAUGUGUACUUGUGGAGGCCAGAUAAUUCAAUCUGCUCAAAGUCUAAGAAAAAAAAACAUGCAAGAAAAGGGAACAUUGCAAGAAAAGAAGGGGUUGCGAGAGUGUUCAAAACUGUAAUUGAAAAUAGAGUGCAAUGCAGUUUAGAUAUUGAUACAAAGCUCAAGUGCUGCUUCUUAUGUCUUUCCCUGCCAGCGUUUUUUAUAGUUGCCAGCCAGCGCCAGCAUUUUUCAUGAUUUUGAUUUAUGAAUUCUCGUCAUUGGCAGGGAGGCGUUGUCUCUUAAUAAAAA